AUCUGGUCGUGGCAAGGCUGCUCGUGUGCCACGCUCCUCCACACACCACAGCCUCACUCACCCUUGGACACUUCACACAGCACACCGCCUGUUGACACCCCACCACUGCCGUUGUGUUGUUUGGACAUUAGCAGAAUAUUGACUUGAGUUAUUAGUACUAGUGUUAACACGAGCACCUAGUGGGUGGUGAUCAAUAAGGUGAGCGACACAUUACCGAGGAAGUGUUAAGACAGUGCGUGGUGUUAGUGGACGUCUGCAAGGUGAACCAGAUCCACUCGCCGCUACUGUACCCCCCCCCAAGCCUCCCCUCGUCAAGCCUCCCCGCUCCAAGUCUCCCCACGCCAAGCCAAGCCAGUGUUACACAAGCUCGACUACAGUAACUCAUCAUUGUGUUAUUAUUGUCAUCUUGUUGAGGGGUAAGAGAGAGGUGGGCGACGGAGGUAGGCGACGGUACCCACACCGAGCACCACCUAACGCAGUGUGUGGGUGUAUGGGAGGUAAGUGAGGCGUGUCGCUCCUCACUAUGUCACCUCCAUCUAUCUCCCUCCUGGUAGUCGUGGUGCUCGGCCUCUCCCUGCCCGGGUGCUGGAGCAAACCCGUCGACGCCCUCCCGGCCUCGUGCCUGGAGGAGGGUGUGGCCAGCCAGCAUGACGCAGCCACACCUCCACCACAACACAUCUCACCUCUUCAUGCUUCAAGACACCAGAGUGGAGAGACGGAGAACGAGACAACAGGAGAUGCGACUCGACGGUCUGGAGACGACCACGAGGUGAAGAAGAGAAGUGUUUUGUGUCAGGUAUCAAGUGAGGACAAGGUUGACACUAACCAUACAGUGCUCGCCCACAGUGAACACAAUACAACCUCAGACGACACGGCUCCACCACGGAAUGACACGGAGGCGGUUGACUCGCUACACCAGACGGAACUUGCACCAGUCGAGAACAUCGCCAAGGCCAUCACGGGGGGAAACUCCGCGGGCCUCAACUACCAAAAUUCAUCGUCAGCCGAGUCUGCCAGCGACCUUAACACAGCGGCAGACAGAUAUGAACAUAAGAUCCUGAUGGAUGACGCUGCAACACACGAGGAAAGUUUUGUGUUAGAAUCAGACAGUCACAUACAUACAGGUUCGGAUUCAGAUGAAUAUAAACAAGAAAAUUUUGUGGCUGAUGAAGAUGACCACCAAGUGAGGACCCCAGUGAGGAAGUGUUGUGAUCACCUCGAGUUCUUCAGCUUACAGACUCAGAAGUGUGAGACAGCAGAGAACGGCACGUGGUUCAGAGAGGCGGUGCUAAGUAUGCUGCCGGAGGACACCGCCGGGGAUCUGGAGUACAUCACAGGCUCCCUCCCGCCUUGCCCAGGCACUGGCGACCCUCCCAGUAUUACUGAAAUAAGUCUUGACUCUCACUCCGUCCAAAACUUAGGUUACGUGAGGGAUCACACCUCAGGCAUAAACUAUGAUCAUGAUCAUUACUGUCUGGAGGUGGCGGCUAAUGGCCAGUACCAACUAGAUGCUGGUGCGUUCGUGUUAGCCUCCUGCCUCCCCUGGCCCACCGAGGUGUACACCAGGAAGUGCUGUGAGCUGGAUGAAUACUUCGAUCACGAGGUUGAAGAAUGUCGCUUGAGGUCUGCCAACAUGAGUGACCAUGACAGUUUGGUGCGAGAGUUCUUCAAGACCAACCCCAAGGUGACCUCCAUCCACGUUAAGACCGGGAGACUCUCCUGUAGCAGAGGAGCUCCCAGGCUAGUUACGGCUGACAACGCCUUCCUCGACGCCUCCAACCAACUGUGUGAACAUCAGUCUGGACACUGUUACCCGAACGCAGUCUACUGCUUGGAACACUUGUGGGCAGAAGGUGACAUGACCAUGACGGCUGUGGCCUUUGUGUGUCCUCUCGACUCUUUCCACAAGUGUUGUUCCCGCGAUCACGUCCUCACCGAGUCUGGCUGUGUCCCGGCCUCGGGGAAGGAAGUGUCGGCCCACAUGAUGCAGCUGCUGGAGAUAAUGGAACCUCAGUUCGGGUUUCCUACAGAACAAGGAGGUGAACAGUGUGUGACGGAGUGGAUCACUCCUGAUGAUACAGACAUCCGUUGGUUGAUCAGUAAGUCUGGCUAUCUCUCAAUAGACACACCAGAGGAGAAUUACGCCACGAUGCAGUACUGUGUCGAUGAUUACGUCGACCCCCUCAAUCAGACCCAGACGGUGGCCCUCAUGUGUUACACUGAGCUGGAUGACAUUGUUCCUGUACACCUGUCAGCACGACCCAGUGAGGCGGGGAGUGUAGGUAAGUGUUGUCCCCACAACCAAUACAUGACUAUGGGUAGCUACACCUGUGUCUCCGACGACUUGGGAGUCUCACUGCUACACGACCGCCUGGUGAGUGCCGCCAACAUCACCAAGUUAACUUACACGUCCUUCCCUGUGUGUGAGUCUGGAUUUGGUUACCAUUACUACUACCUCGACCCUGACGCCCUCGACGACCACGGGGAGCUGGUGGCUGGCCAGAUGCUGGAGGUGGUGAGUCUGGAGGGCAGAUGUGUCCUCAGCAGGCAGCACUUCCCUCGUGAGAGCUACUGUCUAGAGUAUGGCGUCCACGGCCCAGACAUCCGUCCCAUCGUGCUGGUGUGUCCAGAGACUUGGGAAGGCAUCGACGUGCACAGUGAGAAAUUCGAACUGACGGCGGUGCUGCUGGGGUUGUCCUGCACCGCUCUCCUGGCCACCGCCUUCUCUCUCAUCUCCACACGUGUCAGGAGGGGCCUCGUCACCGUCAAGAAGGUCAACACCCUGGCUGGAAGGAUCCUACUGAGUUACGUCAUGUCUUACCUGGUGGGGUUCCUGCUGCUGGCUGUUAAUAUGAAGGUGGAGGUGGCGCAGGACAAUGUUGAGUGUCAUAUUAUGGCCGGGCUCCUCACCUUCUUCCUGCUGGCGGCCUUCCAGUGGAACACCUCCAUCUGUCUCGAGUCUCUACUACUCACCCUGCGAGUGAGUACGUCGGAGGGGUGGAGGUACGUGUAUCACUCCGCAUGGGCCUGGGGUGUACCCGGGAUGAUCACCGCCCUCUCCCUCAUCCUCGACUACCACAGAUACUCUCUACCCUGCGGAGUCAUCACCCCGAAAGUUGGCCUCUACAAGUGUUUCUUUUCCGAUCGGACCGCUAAGUUGGUGUACCUGUAUGUCCCAAUGUUAUUGAGUCUGUGCGCUAACAUCGUGCUGCUGGCUGUUGCACGCUACGUCAGGUCUGCCAAGUUGAGACGACUCGAACACGGCCCUCGAGGACGACCUUCAGGUAAUGAGAACAGCCAGGAUCCUCAUAGCACCACCAGUAAGGACAGUGACGACAACGGCAACAACAACAACAGUUCCCAACACCAGCCUGCCACCACCCAAGCCUCUGGCCUCCGUACUCACCAAACCCGUAACUUAUGGAUAGAGUCGGUGAAGCUGGUGGUGUGGUCGGGGGCGACGUGGCUGAUGGAAGUAAUCGGGUUUGUGGUGGCUCAGUACAUCAUUACACCGUCUGAGUCUUGGUAUGACUACCUAUGGUAUCUUCCCUCCUGCAUCAACUCGCUGCGUGGGGUGGGCAUCUUCUUCAUCCUGGUGCUGACGCCCGAGAACCGCGUCAAGCUAAAGCGGGCACUCGGCAACCUCGGGGGUUCCCUGUACGGACUGAACUCCAUGUCGACGAACUCUCGAUCGGUGGAAGCCAACAGCUCCUGCGGUAACCACCAGUCCUCUGUUGGCGGAUCUGAGGUACGAGGUCCUGGACGUCGCAAUAUGUCUGUUGCCACCACCAUAACGCAGCUUUCCUCUAUCAGAAGCUCUCAUUCCACUGAUUCUCGAGCAGAUCCUGCGGCUGGUCGGGCUACGGCACACCCGGGUCUGGCGCACUCCAUCAGUCAGGUGGAUACGCGGCGGAGCUCCGCGUCGUCAGCGUCAUCAGAAUAUGAGGGACUCGAACUGGAUACUGAGAUAGGUGCGGGUGGAAGACGCAAGUCGUCGCUGGCAAACUUCGGUGUGGUGUCACUGCCGAGUGUGGAUGAAGAGGACGUGUUUGAGGAAGCAACUCCCAUACGCAUACCUCUUAAAGUCACUCAAACCUCCAGCGACGCUUGACCAUAACACUCACCUCCCCCACAUAUACUCACAUCGCAUGCCAACAUUGUUUACUAUAUCGCUUUGGAACAACGCCCUCGCCCGCCCAGACAUCAGUCACCAGCCACCAGUCAUCAGUCGCCAGUCAUCAAUCACCAGUUGCCCAGGACCAGGUUCUCAAAGGUUGACAUGCUAAAAAUUACCCUCAAGGGUGAUGAAAAUACCUGUAACCGACUCAUUUAUGCCAUGACACAAAGAUGUUUUCAUAAAACACGCCAAAAGUGUCGCUGUGUCUGUCUACUGAUGUGAGAACACAUUAAUCUGACUCUGCUAAAUGGAGGCCUCAAUGGAGAAUUUACUUCAACUAUAUACAUAAAAUAAAUCGAUGUGUCAGUUACAAGUAAGAAAUUAACUUAUGAACCUUUGAGGAUGUGAAUAUUGGCUUCAGGUUCAUUGUACUCAGGAACUUCAUGUAAUCACCUAUUCACUGCGUACUGUCCCAGCAAUACAUAAGGUUUGCAGAUAUAUAUCAUUCAUUCUACCUGUGUUUAUACUAUACUGUAUAUUAUCACAACAAUUAUACAUAUCUGUAAAUAGAUAUUGGUAUCAUUCAUUUAAUAUAUAUGCAAAUAUAGCAUUAUUUAAUACCUGUAAAUGUAUGAUUCAUGUUAUUCAUUAAGUACUGUGUAUAUAAAACAAAAUUGCACAGUGUUUGUAAAUAUAAACAUACAGUAUGACUUGUAUUAUACAUAUCUGGUUUGUUUGCCAAUUUAAGAAUAAAGAAUAUUUAUUGUUA